AUGGGCCCAAGAGAGGGCUGGCCUUUCAACCAGCCAGAGCAAUCCAGUUCCCCCCAACCUACCCCCUCCUCACUGUUCCCCCAUCCUCACCCCUCCCUGGCUUCCCGCCUUUCCUUGUGGCCACUGAGGAGCUGCCAUCUUGGAUAUGCCAUCCCCUUUGAGGUGGGUGACAGGGGGCCCCACCUCCAGGGCCUUAUACCCCCCAAAGCACCCCUGUUUUUACUCAAAGGCACUGACUGUCAUCUGGGGGCUGGCACCUGGCCCCCCAAAGGCUCGGUGUUGACUGAGCCACAGGCCACGGACGGGGGGCCAGAGCAGGGAAACCAAGUUGCCAGAGGCCAGGGCACCUUCACCCCCUCUUGCAUAUGCAACGCCUAG